AGUUUCGUGACUUUCAUUAUUACUGAUAUUAUAUAUAUGUAUUGGACUAGAAAACCAAUCUUAGCUUCCAUACUUUUUAAGUCAAAGAGAAGAAAAUACAUAGAAGACGACCCACAUGAUGAGAAUGAACAACUUGUUAUCCAAGCUAAGCGUAACCCAUUAAUUUCUUCAUCUAUUUAAGCCAAUUUAGUUGGUUCUGGUAUGGGAUUCAUAAUAUUAGGAAAAUUAUACAAAUAUAGAGAAACUAAAAGAGAUUUGUAUGAUAAUUAAAAAUGGAAGCAUAUGGAAGCAUAAUUUGUCCAUCUUGUGCAUAUCCUCUUGAGAUUGAUGAGGUAAAUAGAUCGUUAGUUGAAGAUUGGGGAAAGCUACCAGCGGGAAUAAAAUUUGAUCCAAGUGAUCAACAAAUUUUGGAACAUUUAGAGGCAAAAGUGAAAGAAGAUAAACAAAAGCUUCAUCCUCUCAUUCAUCAUUUCAUUCUCACAUUGGAUGGAGAUGAUGGCAUUUGUUACACUCAUCCUCAGUAUCUUCCUGGAAUGAGGAAAGAUGGGGAAAUCCGACACUAUUUCCAUAGGUCACCAAAAGCAUACACAUCAGGCACAAGAAAACGCAGGAAAGUUAAAACAGCAGAUGAAGAAGAAGGCACCGACACAAGAUGGCACAAAACUGGUAAGACAAGAGCAGUGAGCGACGGCAGCGGUGGUAAGAUAGGUUUCAAGAAGAUUUUAGUUUUGUAUUCAAAUUAUGGGAACCAAAAGAAGCCUAAAAAAACUAACUGGAUAAUGCAUCAAUACCAUUUGGGUGUUACAGAAGAGGAGAAAGAUGGGCAAUGGGUGGCUUCAAAAGUGUUCUUCCAGUUACAGCCUCGUCAAACCUCAAUCAUCUCUUCUAAUUCUAUGCAUCAAAUAAGGGGAGGAGAAGCCUCUUCUCUUGUUUGAAUGCCCAUACGUUCAACCCAUUAAGCUUAAAUGAUUUGUAAUAGAACUGAAUAAUACUAUUUUGUCACCUUUUAAUUUAUUGAUUAAUAAGGUUGCUUCGCAAUAGGUUUUCAAAAAAACUAUCGAUACUUCGAAAGAAUGUCUGUAAUUUAAUUAAAUUAUUUAUUUAAUAAUGACAAUGAAAACAUUCGAUAUUAUCGAAACUAGCGAAUUUUAUGAGACGUUCAUCCCC